AUGAAAAUACUAACAAAACCAUUUAAGAAUUUUGAAAUAUCUUCAAAAAAAAAGAAACUUAAAAAUUUAAUGAUUUCUUUUCGAUCAAUCUUUGAAGCAAAACCAAAACAAGAUCAAUUACCAUUAACAGGAAAUACUACACUCGACUCAGCAUUACAACCAUUAAGACAACCAGUUCCAGAAAAAGUAAUAGUUUCACCUAAAAUCAUUAAUAAUUUAAAUACAAUAGUAACAUUAUUAAGUGGUGAAUCUACACGAGCAUUACUUAGAAGAUUAACUCAUUUACAAAUAGUUCCAGAAAAUGGAGAGAAAACUGGAAGUGUUGGAGAAGAAAUUAAAAUUGAAUUUACAUCAGUUAGUCCAUUAAUUAGAUUAGACAUUAUUGGAUUAAAUGGAAAAUAUGUUUUAGCUAAUUUACCUGAAACAUUAAAAGAAGUUAAAUUAAUUAAUUUACAGGAAAAUGUAGCAGAAUCAAUACUUUUUGAUGAAAAAAAAGAAUGGAAGUCAUUAGAAAAGUUAUAUAUUAAUUAUUGUGGAAUUACUUCAUUUAAAAAAAAUAGUUUUACACCAUUCUGUUUUCCACGAUUAAACUUACUUGAUCUAUCAAAUAAUGAAAUUAUGACUUUAGAAAAUAUUAAUGAAAGACCAUUAGACAUAUUAAUAGUAAAUUCAAAUAAAAUAAAUUCUAUUAAUAUUCCUGUUGUUGGGUCUAUUUCUUAUUUAUCACUUGACAAUAAUCAAAUUACUAACUUAUGUCCAUUUGGAAUAUUUCUUCAAUUACGCUAUCUUUCUAUUAAAAAUAAUCUUAUUGAAGACUUAGACAACUUAAAAGAAGCAUUUUCUCGUUUAUUUAAUUUAAAUUCUAUUUCAAUAGAAAAUAAUCCAAUAACAGACUCUAAAGAAAAUUUAUUAUCUUUAUGUUCAUGUCUUCCUUGUAUCUCUCUUGGAAUGAAUUGUAAACUUAAUAAUAAAAUUAUUACUCCAACAGAAGUCGCAGAGUUUAUUAAAAAAGGUCCUAAAACGAAAGAAAACAUUAAGACUAUUAAACAAGACAUUACUGAUAAAGAUGUAGAAGAGUAUAUAUCCAAAAAGAUGAAUGAAGUUUUGAAUGGUCAUAUUGAUGAUGAAAAAUUGUUUGAAACAAGAAAUUUUCUUCAAAAAAUCUAUGAGAUUGUUGAAAAUAUUAAACCUAAAGAAGAUAUUGAUGUAAAUAACAUUCAUUUGAAUGAUCUCAUCAAUAACUGA